GUAUAUAUAUAUGUAACUUUUUUCCCGGUUCACUGGUGCUAUAAAUACCUUCAACAUUCUUCCAUUUCUUCCUCAAACCCUCUAAACAUUUCUUCUCCUGCAACUACAAGAAACAAUUCUUAUUCAUAUCAAAAUGGACCCUUCAGACACUCUAAGGAAUAAGUGUGCAGCCUGCUAUAGGCAGUUCAACAGAUUGGAGCACCUAGUGGAACACAUGAGGAUCUCAUAUCACUCGGUUCAUGAGCCCAUGUGUGGAAUUUGUGGAAAACACUGCAGAUCGUUUGAAUCUCUUCGCGAGCAUCUUAUAGGACCAUUGCCAAAGGCAGAAUGUGAAAGGGUGUUCCGUGAGCGUGGAUGUGACAUUUGCUUAACCAUCCUUAGCAGCCGAUACGCUCUCAGGGCUCACCGUGAGACAUGCCAACUAUCAUCUGGCAAUAAUGGUCUAUUACAACGAUUUGCUAACAUGGGCAUCCAAGAUGAGCUGAGAAUCGAUAGUGGAAAAACAAGAGCAGUUGCACUUGUCUGCAAAAUGGUUGGAGGUGGUAGUGAUGGUUCUUUGGAUAUUUGUGCAAAAGUUUGCAUCAUUGAUGAAUAUGAGAACAUACUAUUCCGUACCUAUGUCAAACCGCACCUUCCUGUUACAUCCUACAGGUAUGAGACAACAGGCAUUCGACCAGAAUACCUGAGGGAUGCAAUGCCACUUAGGCAAGUCCAAAGAAAGAUUCAAGAUUUCCUAUGCAAUGGGGAACCCAUAUGGAAGAUCCGACCAAGAGGUGGGAAAGCAAGGAUUCUUGUAGGUCAUGGUUUGGAUCAUUAUCUUAAAUGCUUGGAAUUAGAGUACCCAGCAGUUAAAAUAAGGGAUACAGCAACCUAUCCACCCUUAAUGAAGACCAGCAAGCUCAGCAACUCACUUAAGUAUCUCACAAAAGCAUACCUCGGCUAUGAUAUUCAAGUUGGCAUACAAGACCCUUAUGAAGACUGUGUUGCAACAAUGAGGCUUUACAGGAGGAUGAGAUCCCAGAUUCAUAGAAAUGAGAACUAUCCACUUGCAACAGAUCCACAAAAUAAGAAUAACUUUGCUUCAUGGAGACAAAAUGAGCUCGAGAGGAUGAGUCCUGAUGAAUUGUUGGCAAUCUCAAGGUCCGAUUACUACUGUUGGUGCUUAGAUAGCAAAGAUUAUGUUUAAACAAAGGGAAGAAGGUCUUAAAUCCAGAUUGUAGUGAGUGGAGUCAAUAGCUAAAUUGACCUAAUAAAUCUACAAAAUAAAUUGUUAUGAAUAGGAAUAAAACAUGGAAAUUUAUCCAUGAUUCUAGUAGGUUAUAGGAGCUAGGGAGAUUAUUCAUAUUACGAUUUUAUGAGGCACAUGCUUAUACCAUGUAUGUUGAUUGAUUAUGAAUAAAUUAAAUGAAUUUUCACUUGCCAAAGGAUA